UGACGAGGACUCUUAGCACGGAGAGCCUGACCGGAGCAAAACAGCGAUUCCAGCCUUGACCUGAGUUAUUCGGACUCUCGGGACCACCUGACAGAAAACUGCAUGCCAGGAAAAGCCACCAUCUGUGCGGAAUCUGAUCUGUGAAAACCUUGAAGGUUUGUUACAAGAUUGCCAACAUGUGUUCUCCAGACAACUCCAAAAUCCUGUACCGGAACCCUCGGUUCCUCCAAUUUGCUUUUUUGCAACUUCGGCACCAGCAGCAGAAUGGUGUGUUCUGUGAUGUCCUUCUGCAGGCAGAAGGUGAAGCAGUCCCAGCCCAUUGCUGCAUCCUGUCGGCCUGCAGCCCCUUCUUCACAGAACGCCUGGAGCGGGAGAGGCCAGCACAGGGUCGGAAGGUGGUGGUAGAGCUGGGCGGCCUGAAGAUCCGGAUACUUCGGAAGCUGGUGGACUUCCUUUACACCUCAGAGAUGGAAGUAUCUCGAGAAGAAGCCCUGGAUGUACUCUCUGCCGCCCGUCAGCUCCGGCUACUGGAGCUAGAAUCUCUUCAGCUAGAGGGUGGCAAGCUGGUAAAGGCCCCUCAGGGCCGAAGACUGAACCGAGAAUGCUUACAGCCUCCUAUCUCUGCCAGAGUGGUAGCACCCAGCCGCCACCCUCGAGCCCCAGUACCUGUUAACCAGACACCCUGUAGCACUGGAGCAGUGAGAUUGAAAUCUUCAGGGAAGGAAGAGGGUCCCCAGGAGAAAAGCAAUCGACAGAAUGUAGAGAAUUUGUCUGGCAAUCUUCUGCUCAAAAGGCGGGUCAGACCCUGCCCAAAUCAGGAAAAAAGCUCUUCACCAUCAAGCCACAGUCAGAGGCCUGAGGAAAACAAGGGUGACCCCAGCCUUGGCUCUGCAGCUCUUUCCCUACCCAGCUUGUACCCGUCUGCGAGUGAGAGACUACCCAGAAAGAUCAGGCUAAGCCGCUCAAAGCCAGCUCAUUUGUGUGCCCCAAAGACGCCCAGUGUGUUGAGUGGACCCAGCUCAGUGCCCACAGCCACUGGCCGGCGUCUUUGGCGGCAAAGGAGUGUAAAGAAAGAAGUACCAGACGACAAACAGAACCCAGGGAGCACUAAUCCUCUACAGAGCACUCCAAGCCCAUCUGGUGUUGGGAACAAGAAGCGGAGUCCAGAAGGCAGAGUCCCUAACUCUGACUCAGUGGAGGAGGGACAAGUGGGGAGAGUGAAACUUCGGAAGAUUGUAAAUGGAACCAGCUGGGAGGUGGUGCAAGAACCCCCUCUUAAAGACUCUCAAGGUAGCCCCCACAUCCCAGAACGUGGCAGAGGCUUAGAAGAGCCUGUAGGAACUCAGCCACCCUCACUCAUGGAGCAAGAAAUGGUAUCUGCACCCAUAGAUCUGUGUCAGGACUCCCCCUUGUGCUCUAGGUUUCAAGACAUUCUGCUCUCUGCAAGAUGUUCCCCAGACCACCCCAUGGUGAAGUCCAAGAUUGAGUCCAGUCCAGAACUGGUCGGGAAAGAGGCUGUGCUGGCGACUGACUACAGAGAGAACUUUGAGUUCGACACAAGACUCCUUGGGCAGCCCUAUGAAGCUGAAGAGUACCGGAUCACAAGCGCUGCUGCCACUAGUGAACUGGAGGAGAUCCUGGACUAUGUGCUCUGUGGCUCAGACAUUGGACCACCUGUAGGGUCUCUGGAGAGUUCCAGGGCCGAGGGGUGUCAGACCCCCAGUUAUCAACUGACAGAAACAGGGAAGGACUGGAAUGAAGAAUGGUGCUUGCCAGACAUGGACCUUUGGCCCAGGGAGCUCACAGAAUUGGAAAAGGAACCUGUAAGCGAGAACAAAGAACCAGUGGAGCCCUUCAGUCCAUUCUUCAUACCCUCUGAGAACAAAGAGCCAACAGAGCCCCUGAGCCCCCUAGUCAUGCCCUCCGAGGUGAGCGAAAAUGAAGUACUUUCAAUGCCAGGCUCUUGGACUCCAGACCUUGACAUUACUAGCCCUCACCCAUUGGUUGAUCAGAGAGACAAUUUUGUCCACAUAGACUCUAUUGAGCCUCUGCCAGGGUCCUAUGGAGACUUCUCUUCCUGUUCAAACUGGUUGGAGACAGGGUUGGAGGUGUCCCUAACCAUGGAUGAGGCAUUGUACCCAACUCCAGGGACAGACAAAACGAUCAAUAACUCAGAAUUGCUGGAGCCACAUCCUGACAGCUCUGAAGAGGAGAUCGAUGUGGUGAACUGGGCUUCAGAGAUGGUAGUACCCACCAGUAUUCCCUCUGUGUGGCCAGACCCUUCCUCGGAGUCAGAAACAGAGGUCGAUAUAUUAACGUAGCAGAGAAGAGGGCAGGUGAAGGGAUCUGGGAAAGUAAGGGAGGUGGGUGGGGAACAUCAGCACAUGCCAUCUCAGCACAAGCGGGAGUGCAUUAGGCUCUUUGUAGGUCUCCUCCUCCCCUCUGUGGGAACCACACAGUAGCCAAGUGGUACCCUGAGUGGAAAAUUAGGAACGCUCCUUCUGCAAUUUAUUUUCUAGUCAUUAAAAAUAAUGUAACAGGGGUCUCCAGUCCCAGCAGACAAGGUCAGCCAGGUUUUAAAGGUCCGAGGUUAUUGCAUCACUGAUAAUUCACGAAAGUUGAGAAAAAGCAUCCUCUGGUUGUGUGUUCUGGAUAAAAAAAAAUUCCAGAAGGUGAAAUAGUUAAGUCUCAGGAGAUAAGCAAGCAGUAGUGGAAGGACAUUAUCUAGAACUUAAUGCACAGAGCGCUUACUUACUGCCAGUCCGGGAAGUCUAGCCCAAACCUCCAUGGGGGCCUAGGAACUUAUACUUCUGUCGCCACUUCCAAGAAGUGAGUUGAAACUUAGUUGGGGUUUUUUUAAAGAAAAAUAAAUUAUUUACUUCUCUACCAUA